CUGGCAGGGCGGCCGUGUCGUCUCACAAUAUUUUCAGAAGCCGUGGCUCUUUUUCUCUUUCCUUUAUUGGCAGACCUUUCCUGCAACUUCAAUUUUCUUUUCUCUUCUUAUCCUUUCCUUUUACGUACCAGUUUAAUUUUAAAGUAAUUAGUUUACCCAAAUCCCCUCAAAUCAAAGCCCCAUCUUCCUCCACCAAAUGAACUAUUUAAAGUAAUUAGUUUACCCAAAUCCCCUCAAAUCAAAGCCCCAUCUUCCUCCACCAAAUAAACUAUCUUUUUUCUUUUCAUUAUACUUUACAAACUAAAACAAAACCGCGCGCAGAAGCAGCCGGUGCCACCCCUAUAAAACGCUUUUAAUGUUCCCCUUGUUCAUCCCCCGCUUCCCCCUCACACUUUAACAGCCAAUCACGUUCUUCGCCAUGUCAUCUUCGGACCCCGCCAGUCCGGACCUCCGGGUGUCGCUGCUGGCCCAGGCGGCGCCACCUGAUUCGGCCGCCGGCCAACCCCAGAGGCUGACCAUCGACGACAUGCUCCACAGGCACUGCGGGGAGUUUGGGUCGUGGCAGCUGAGGCACUUCGUCUUGACGAGCUUCGCCUGGGCUCUGGAGGCCUUCCACACCAUGGUCGUCAUCUUCGCGGAUCGUGAACCCGCGUGGGGGUGCGUGGCAGGGUCGGGUUGCUCGCCCGGGGCAGGUUCCGUGUGCGGGCUGGAGCCCGGGUCGUGGGAGUGGGUCGGCGGUCCGUGGAGCUCCACGGCGGCGGAGUGGGGGUUGGUCUGCGGAGAGAAGUACAAGGUUGGACUGGUCCAGGCCUUGUUCUUCGCCGGCUGCAUGGUUGGCGCGGGAGUGUUCGGCCAUCUCUCCGACUCCUUCCUAGGGAGAAAAGGAUCUCUAAUCAUCGUCUGUGUCUUGAACGCCAUCUUCGGUUGCUUAACUGCACUCUCUCCCACCUACUGGAUUUACACCCUCCUCCGCUUUCUCACCGGCUUUAGCACCGGCGGUGUGGGCCUCUGCGCCUUCGUCCUCGCAACCGAGCCCGUCGGCCCCUCCAAGCGUGGCUUCGCCGGAAUGUCAACUUUCUACUUCUUCUCCUCCGGAAUCGCCGCCCUCUCCGGCAUAGCCUACCUCUUCCAGUCAUGGCGCGCUCUCUACAUCGCCUCCUCCGUCCCCUCCAUUAUCUUCCUCCUUGCCUCCGUGCCCUUCAUCUCCGAGUCCCCUCGGUGGUACUUAGUCCGCGGCAAGAUUGAUGACGCCAUGAGAGUGAUGCGCGCCAUCGCCGCUGCAAAUGGAAAGCACCUUCCCGACGGCGUUGUUCUCGCGCUUGACGACGACGAGGACGAAAAGAACAAGGAGGAAGUCGUCAUUGCGACGACAACGAAUGAUAAAGAAGCCAUAACGGGUUCUCUCCUGGACGUGAUCAGGUCGCCGACCACUCGCAUCCGCCUCUUCCUGGCGGUGCUCAUAAACUUCGCAUGCUCCGUCGUGUACUACGGGCUGAGCUUGAACGUCGUCAACCUGGGCACCAACCUCUACCUGACGGUGCUCCUGAACGCGAUGGCGGAGAUGCCGGCCUACGCGAUAACGGCGGUUCUGCUGGAUCGGUUCGGGAGGAGGCCAUUGGCGGUGGGGACGAUGUGGUUCAGUGGGGUGUUUUGCUUGGCGGGGAGUAUGGCGAGGGGGACGGAGAUACUGUGGAAGGCGGUGAGGAUGGUUUGUGGGGUUCUGGGGAUAUUCGGGAUGGCGGGAACUUACAAUUUGCUGUUUAUAUACACGACGGAGCUGUUCCCGACGGUGGUGAGGAACGCCGCGCUGGGGUGCGCGACGCAGGCGGUGCAGAUGGGGGCGAUACUGGCGCCGAUGGUAGUGAUGAUGGGCGGGGGUUUGCCGUUCGUGGUAUUCGCGGGGUGUGGGAUUGUGGGAGGGAUGCUGGCGUAUUACCUGCCGGAGACUUUAAACAAGCCCUUGUACGACACGAUGGCCGGGUUGGAGGGCGGGGAGAAGACGUGGACCGCUACUGUGACUGUGUGAAUCGGAUGGAGUACUCUACUUUUCUUUGUUUAUUUUUUUAGUUGUUUUAUUAUUUUUACUUCUAAUAUUUUGGUUUUUUUUUUUUCUCCAUAGGUUUUUGUGACUGAUAUGCUUCCUUGCAAUUCGAAUGAAUCAAAUGUAAUAUUGAGUGCUUGAAUUUUGUAAUCACUCGGGUUAAGGAUUCCUUAGCGAGAGAUUAGUCUCGUGUGUGUGUUUGUUAUGAUAAGAAGUAUUGUAAAUUUGGGAAACAAUUAAAUAACUUGAAGAAAGAAAA